GGCGACGACACGGUGGACGCCGACGAGCUCGAGAGCGCGUUGCGCUUCUGCGGCAUGAACCCGAGCCGCCGCGACAUCGACCGGGUCAUGCUCGAGAUCGACCAGGACGGCUCCGGCGAGCUCGACCGCGACGAGUUCAUCACGCUGCUC